AUGGCGCCCUCGUUCACGGAUGCCUGGAAGACUGCGAUAGAAGCUGAGAAGGAGCUUCUGCAAUGUUUCUCGCAAGAACGGCGCACAUUCGAUGAAUUCGAACAUUUCCUUUCCGAGUUCCGGACCUCUUCUCAAAAUGCCAUCCUUCUUGACUUCAACGCUGCCCGCAAGGUCGAUGUGGAGAGUCGCCUUUGGGAUGCGCACUUGAAAGUGAACAAUCGGUUUCGCAAGCAGUUGCUUCGCUUUCGCGAAGAGCACGGCAAGAAGAAACCAGUUGAGAGGCGGAAACUCGAACGCCAUUACCUCGACUUCAUCAAGUCAAGCCAGCGGUUUUACCGAGGAUACAUCCAGCAUCUGUCGUCGCGCUUUGGGGGCAUUGUUGAGUUGGAGAGAGUUGCGCGCAAAUUCAACUUUGAGAGUAGGUCAAAGACACAAGCUGCGCGCAAGGUUUCUAGACACGCUGACCCCAUGUUAUCUCCAGAUCUGUCCGGCCAACCUCCCAUCAAGCCCUCCAAUGAUCUGCGCAGGCUCAUUCUUCAGUCAUGCCACGCAACCCUUAUCCGGCUAGGAGACCUUUCCCGCUAUCGCGAAGCGGAACUCGUCAGCAAAGAUCGCAACUGGGGCCCUGCCAUCGGCUAUUAUGAUUUGGCAUCGGUGAUCAACCCUGCAUCGGGUGCAUCUCAGAACCAAUUGGCAAUCAUCGCUCUCGCAGAUGGAAAUCAUCUUCGUGCUACAUACCAUCUCUACAGAGCUCUUUCAGCUCAAGAGCCUCAUCCUACUGCAAAGGGCAAUUUGGAGAUUGAACUCCGAAAAAUAAUGAGCGCCUGGGCUAAACGAGAGCUGAUCCGCCCCCGAAGAUGCCGAGAACGGUCACUAGAAGGGACACUUCAAAAGUUCUGUCUCAUCAAUAUUGCGGCCGAGGACCUUGCUAAGGUCCGGUCCAUCGAGGAGUCGGUCUUGGAUGCACGCGUCUUUUUCCAGCGCAUCAAUGUGAAGACAUUCUUCACCUUGCUACAAAUACUUUUGGUCGAACUUGAGCGGACUGCUUCUUUUGAAGAUCCGAACAGCAAAGACGCAACGCCUAUCCCGGACAAGGUGUCUGUGGUUGCUCGCCGAAUCUUGCCCGCGCUUCGCCAUUACAGCUCCUGGCUACUUACAAAUAGCCAGUCCCUAGUUGAGCAGAAAGAGGAAAAGGAUUCGGCGCUCUCGAUUCAAAUCAAAGAGUUCUGGAAAAUUUAUGCCGGUACGCUGAGCCUGCUCGCAUCCUCUUUCGAUGUGGUUAGCCUUCCCGAGAUCGAUUAUCUAUUGGAAGAAGAUGAGGAAAGUCUUGGUUUUGCGCCUCUGGAUCAGGAUGCCACUUCUCGCCGAUACAUUGGAGGUGGUGAUCAGCCAAAGCCCCGGAUGCAUGAUCUUGGGAUUGAAAGAAGCCACCCCAACAUGGAAAUGCUCUAUCGAAUUCGUGAAUUCGUGAUUGAUGGACUUGACUUGGUUGUGAGAGGAAAAAUCCCGGUGGCUCUUGUGGAUAGCGAAGAUAAGAAGACAUUUAUCUAUCAGGAAGAGGAUCUGCCUUCGCAAUUCUAUUCUAGCCCCCAUGGCCGCCAGCAUGCACUUUCCGCUGCCAGCAUCGAGCGCGAGGAUAUCCCCCAGGCCGUUCAAAAUCCAUACUCUGCGGCAGAAGCCCAAAGUCUGUUUGGCGGUUCCCAGUCUGCAUCGGCAUCCAUGUCCGCCAACAUGCAUCAGAUCGUUGAGGGCGUUGAGCGACUUGUUGACUCGGACACGUAUGAAACCCCGCCAAAUGACCAAUUUGCUUUCAUGAGCUCCGGGGAGAUAUCGACACCUACGCAUGUCUCACCCAAUAUCAAUGCUUAUCCGUUCCGUGACGAAAACUCUCCACCACUCAGCACCCCAAUUGCCCCUCCACCUGGGCUUGGUCCACCUGCCAUGAAUACAGCUGAGCCCCUCAGGGUGCCAUCGACUCAAUCAUAUACCCCACGGCCUGCCAUCCCCAGCCUCCCCAGCAUUUGGACGCCGCUGAGAGACACUGCCCCUCCACGAACGCCUCCUGGCCUUGGUCCACAACCUGGCCAACGGGCUCCGCUUCACCCCAUGGCUGCUGGAAAUACCAUGCCAUCUGAGCGCUCACCGUCGCAAGAUCAGAUAGCAAAUGAACUCAUGCUCCGACAGCACCUAAUGGCCCAGACCCAGUUUUCAGACUCGCUGGAUGUAGGAUCAAUGCCCACGCCGUGGACAUCAUCCAACCGUCCCACCGUCAGCGGCUGGGAUCAUGGCCGAACGACCUUCGGUGCAUUUGAACUGCCGAGCCAGACAACGUCCAGCAGCCUGGGACAUCCCUCGUGGGCCAAUGAAGCUUUCAUUGCCAGCAGCCUCGCUGGGGCAACUCCUACAACUCGGGAAUUGGAGGGCGCAAGCCUGCAACGCAGCUUGGAGCAGUCGGUCAAACUCCUCCCUGUGGCCAAGGAGGCUGAUUCGAACAUGCAAGCUCUCAAAUUUUAG